AUGUGUUAUCUUAUGACUCAAAGUGUUAAUAUUAAGUAUGUGAUAAUUGCAGCAAUUCUUCCUGUCGCAUUGCAUUCGCAUGCUACGUCUGUUCCAAUGUUUAAUGGGCUGAAUUAUUCUGAUUGGUCUGAACAAGUCCAAUUUCAGCUUGGUGUCUUGGAUCUUGAUUUGGCACUUCAAGUUCAAAAACCUGCUGCUAUUACUGUUCUUAGUAGCAAUGAAGAAAAAGCUCAUUAUAAAGCUUGGGAAAAGUCAAACAGACUUAGUCUUAUGUUUAUGCGGAUGAGCAUAGCAAACAGCAUCAAGUCAACUCUUCCCAAGACUGAUAAUGCUAAAGAAUUUAUGAAACUUGUGGAAUAG